AUGUCGAAAAAACGCCCACGAAAUGUAUUUGUUGCCGAAGAAGCUGAAGAAGAUUCAGCAGAAGAAAGUGAUACCGAAAAAAAACAACGCGCAGCUGCUAUGAAAAAACUUAAAUCGAAUCGACCGAUGAGUGAUGAUGAUGAGGAUGAAGACGAAGUUGAUGAACUCGACGAAGAAGCUGCUAAAGAAUUAAAAAAUUUCAUCGCUGAUGCUGAAGAAGAAGAAGAAGAUGAAGCUGCUAAUGAUCAAUCAGGUACCGGUGAAUCAGACGACGAAGAUGAUGACAUUGACGAUGAAGAUUUACAAUUAAUUGCCGAAAAUACAAAUAAACCACGACGACCCGUACGCGUUCAAAUCGAAGGUGAAGAUAGUGACGAAGAGGAACAGCAUGAUACAUCUCACCAUGGACCAACAUCAUCUAGUCAUCCACGCCGAGGCGACAAUGAUGAUCAAAGUGUGACGCAUCAUGAUGAGGAAGCAGGCGGGAAUGAAGAUUAUGAAGAUGAUGACGAUUUUAUUGUUGAUGAUGACAAUCGACCACUACCUAAAACAGCUCAUCGGAAAAGUGAAAAUGCACCGAAUAUUGCUGAAGCACAAGCUAUAUUUGGUGACGAUUUUAAUUUUGAUGAUAUUAAUUAUGAUGAAUUAAAUGAUGAUAUGGAAGAUGACGACCAAGAAGAAGAAGACGACGACGAAGAACUAGAAGACGAAGAUGUCGAACAUCAAUAUGACGAAGAUGGAAAUCUCGUUGAAAAUGAAAUAGUAACAUCAAAACGACGACGAAAAAAUCGUGCUCAACGUCGAAAACAAAAAGCUGAAGAACUAUUUGAACCUGAAGAACUACAACGUGGUUAUUUAACAGAAGCAGAUAUAAAUAUAAGAAAAAUUGAUAAGCCCGAACGAUUUCAAUUAAGACAUAUUCCAGUUACUGAAGCAAAAGAAGAUGAACUUGAAGAAGAAGCCGAAUGGAUCUAUAAUGGAGCAUUUCUUAAACCAACAAUUUCACAUCAAAUGUCCGAAGAAGACACAGCAAAGAAUAUUCAAGUAAAAAAGAAAAUAAAAAAUGCUCUUAAUUACAUUAGAAAUGAUUCAUUUGAAGUACCAUUUAUUGCAUUCUAUCGUAAAGAACACAUUGAGCCUGAUCUAAAAAUACUUGAUCUAUGGAAAAUUUGGCAAUGGGAUGAAAAGUGGAUGAUCUUUAAAUCUCAUAAAGAUAAAUUGAUAUCGAUGUUCGAGCGCAUGGACAAAUAUCGUAAUUAUCAGUACGAACAAUUGGGUGAUACGAACGAAGAUGCCCUUGCAACACGAUUAUUAACCGAUUGCGAUAUUGAUAAAGAACGUUUGACACGUGCUAAAACUCUGGACGAAAUAGCCGAUUUACGUGAACAAUUUCAUGUUUAUUAUAAUGAAGAUAUACCAAAUAUGCGUUUACGUGAAAAAGUUCUCGAAUAUCGUGAAGAACGUGAAAAACGUAAAAAAUUAAUAUCAAAUAUGGAACAAAAUGAAAAUGAUGAACAACCACAACCAACUAUCGACGACGAAGAAGAACUUGAUGAAGACGCUUUAGUCGAUCAAAUACGUACACAAUUGAACAUUAAAGCAACACCAUUAGCAAAAACUGAUUAUUAUAAUGUUUGUAAACAAGCACGUUUAGAAGGUUUAGUUAAAAAAUUUGGUUUAAAACCAGAUAAAUUAGGUGAAAAUCUUUACGAAAAUUAUCAAAAGAACGAGAUCGAUCAAUAUCCUAUUGGACCAACAGCUACUUGUGAAGAAUUCAUUUGUAAACAAUUUUCAACUACACAAACUGUUCUACAAGCUGCAAUAUUUAUGCAUGCACGUCAAUUAGGUCUUGAUCCAUUAGUACGUCAUGUUAUUCGCCGUGAGUAUAUAUCACGUUGUAUGAUAAAUGCUCGACCGACACGUAAUGGCCUUCAAUCUAUAACAGAAGAUCAUCCAUGUUAUACAAUGAAAUAUCUUGCUGAAAAGCCUGUUCAUACAUUUACAAAAGAUCAGUUUCUUUAUUUAUAUCAAAGUGUUAAAGAUGGUUUAAUGAAAAUUGAAUAUGUUAUUGAUCGUAAAAAUAGUCAAUUAACUUAUGCUGAUGAAAUCAAACGUUCCUAUACACGUGAUGAAUAUUCUGAUAAUGUUCUGGAAUGGAAUAAAAUUCGUGCUAUGUGUAUCGAUUUAAUGCUUAGUAAAUUUCUUUAUCCAAAAUUUCAACGUGAAUUAGAAGAAACUUUACUUGACGAAGCAAGACAAUAUGUUAUCAAACAAUGUUCGAAUUGUUUGAAUGAUUGGCUUAAAAUGGCUCCAUAUCGUUUAUCAAAUGAUGAAAAUGUUACAAGUAUAUCUGAUGUCGGUGUACGAGUUCUAUCUAUAACAUAUUCAACUGAUCCUGAUGAUGCAUCCUAUGCUGUUAUAUUAAGUUCAGAAGGACAAGUGAUGGAUUUUAUUCGUUUACCAAAUUUAAUGUUAAGAGAAAAUUAUUCAGCAGAUAAUAGAAUUAAAAAAGACAAAGACUUCGAAGCUAUCAGAACGUUUAUUUCACAACGUGUACCGGAUGUUAUUUGUAUAGGUGUUGAAAGUCGUGAUGCAUUAUAUUUACGUACACGUUUUGAAAAUAUGAUUAGUGAUUUACAACGAGAUGAAGAACAAUUUCAAAAUUUACCUGAACCAGUCAAGAUUCUCUUAGUUGACACUGAAUUAGCUAAAAUCUAUUCACAAUCGCGUAAAGGUGAAGCAGAUUUUCGUGAUUAUCCAGUUAAACUACGGCAAGCUGUAUCUCAAGGGCGUCGUCUACAAGAUCCAUUGCUAGAAUUUUCUCAAUUAUUUAAUUAUGAUAAAGAAAUUCUCUUAAUUAAAUAUCAUCCAUUACAAGAUGCUAUUGAUCGUGAACAAUUAAUACCUAUUUUAGAACAAUGUUUUAUUUCUCGUACAAAUGAAGUUGGUGUCGAUUUAAAUCGUUGUAUAGCAUAUGCACAUACAUCAAAUGUUUUACAAUUUGUUUGUGGCCUUGGUCCACGUAAAGCAACGCAUCUAGUAAAAUAUUUUAAACAAAAUAAUUUACAAUUAGAGAAUCGAACAUUUCUCGUUGUGACUUAUAAUAUGGGUAAAUGUGUUUUUUCCAAUAGUGCUGGAUUCAUUAAGAUUAAUACUGAUGCUAUGAAACAAAGUGAUUCAUAUAUCGAAAUACUAGAUAGUACACGUAUACAUCCGGAAGCAUAUGAUUGGGCGCGUAAAAUGGCUGUCGAUGCAUUAGAUAUUGAAGAAUCAUCAGAAAUGGAACCAAGUGCAGCUUUAGAACAAAUUUUUCAAAAUUCUGAACGAUUGAAAGAUUUAGAUUUAGAUGCAUUUGCUGUUGAAUUAAAAAAUACCAUGUACGGUGAUCAAUCGAUAACAUUAUAUGAUAUACGUGCUGAAUUAACACAUCGCUAUAAAGAUGUUCGUAUACGUUAUGAGCCACCAACUCCAGAAGAUUUGUUCCAUUUUAUUACGAAAGAAACACCAGCUACGUUUCAUUUGGGUAAAUUAAUACAAUGUCAAGUGUUUGAUUUUGCAAGAAAACCACCAACUUCAUCACAACUCGAGGCUGCACAACCAGAAAAAGAUGAAGCAACAGGAAUAUUAAAAUGUCCAUUGUGUCAUACAGAACGAUUUCAUCAUGUUAAAGAAGCAUGGAAUCAUUUUGAUUCAAAUCGUUGCAAAGGCACACCGGUCGGUGUACGUGUUCGGUUAGAUAAUGGCUGUUCAGGCUUUAUAAAACUUCGUGAUCUAUCAGAUUCACCAGUAUCAAAUCCAUUAGAUCGUGUUAAAUUACAUCAAGUUAUAUAUGCACGUAUAGUUAAUAUAAAUAUUGAACGAUUUAGUGUUGAUUUAACAUCGAAAUCAAGUGAUUUACGUGAUGAUAAUGAACGAUGGCGACCACCAAAAGAUACUUAUUAUGAUCGUACACUUGAAACUGACGAUUUAAAUGAUGCUGAAAAAGAAAAACAAUUAAAACAAGCUGCUAAAGAACGUAGUUUUAUUAAACGUGUUAUUGCGCAUCCAUCAUUUAUGAAUAUAAAUUAUACCGAAUGCGAACGACUUCUUUUAACAAAAGAUCUAGGUGAUGCUAUUGUGCGACCAAGUUCGAAAGCAACCGAUCAUUUAACUAUAACAUGGAAAUUAGUCGAUGGGGUUUUACAUAAUAUUGAUGUUAUUGAAAAAUCAAAAACAAAUCAAUUUUCACUUGGUAAACGUUUACUCAUUAUUGAUCCACGCACACAAGAAACUGAAGAAUUCGAAGAUCUUGAUGAAAUUCUUGCACGUUAUAUUAAACCAAUGGCAAACACGGUAUCGGAUAUAGUUACACAUAAAUAUUAUCGUAAUCUAUCUCAACCAUUACCAUCAGCUACACCAACAGGUUCAGCUACACCAGCACAAACACCAGCGACGGCAAUACCAUCAUCAACAACAGGACCACCACUGGCAUCAGCCGAAGCACAAAGAAUUCUUAAUAAUCUCUUAAUUGAAGAUAAACGACGUAAUCCAACACGUAUACGUUAUUAUAUAACAAUAUCACGUGAAUAUCCAACGAAAUUUCUCUUAUCAUAUAUGCCCGUACGUAAGCCAGUACAUGAAUAUUUUACUGUAAUUCCAAAUGGUAUUCGAUUUCGUUCAAAAAUGUUUUCAACAUUAACCGAAACACUCAAUUGGUUUAAAAUACAUUUUAAUGAUAAUGCUGUAGCACCGUCGCCCAUGCGGUCAUCAUCAUCAAGUAUUCGAGUUCCACCACCACCACAACCAUCAUCAACAACUGCAAUGUCAAUGAGUUCAACACCAAUGUCAGCAACAACACCAAUGGUUUCAUCAGGUUUUAGUCAACCACCACCACCAAUGCCAACAUCUGGAUUUAGUAUGCCACCUCCAACAGCCGCGGCAAUAGCCGCUGCUGCUAGUGGUCUUCCACCAGCUCCACUGACUGGUAUGGUUGCAAGUGGUUUUAGUCAACCACCACCAGCAUUGGGUACAAUGCCACCGCCACCUCAAAUGAUGAUGCCACCAGCGAAUUUCUUUGCUUAUUUUCAACAAUACCAACAGCAGCAACAACAACAACAACAGAUGUUUUGA